CUGUCAAGUCAAUUAUUUCAUUAAAUCUUGUCGCUAGUCGCCAGUCGCUUUAAUUGUGUUUGUAAGUUAAGAAUUCUUUAAAAAAUAUGAAUUUUGAAAGAAGAUUAAUCGCCGAGGUAAAGAAAUAUGAAUGUCUAUACAAUAUGCAAGCGCUAAGCUACAAGGAUGUUGCUUUUAAAGAUAAACUAUGGCAAAGGGUCGCCCAGAAGUGCGGAACAAAUGUGGAAGAAUGUAAGAAAAAAUGGAAACAUUUACGUGAUUGUUUUAAUAGAUGCAAAAAGCGCGAUGUGCAGUAUCCGAAGGAAAUUUCUGGAGACGGGAAGCGAAAAGUGUGGCGUUAUAUGAAUCAAAUGGAAUUUUUAUCACCCUUCUUUAACCAAAAACUGAGCCUUCAAAAUCAGGAGGAUACCGGCUAUAAUGAAAGUGAUUACGCUGAUUCACCAGCGCCAGCACAAUCGAUGCAAGAAGAUGUUGAAACUAAAUUAGAGGGUGUUUCAAAGAUCGACGAAGCAACUAUCGGAAAUGAAAUAAUGGAAGAAGAAUCAAUUCAAGAUUUCGAAUCGGAAGAAGCAGAAGCUAGGAAUACAGAAACAAUGUUUCCAAAGUUCAUAGAAACCACUAUCCCGUCUUAUUCAAACAUGUGUAGCUUAAAGACAGAGGACGACAGCACAACGUUGAUGUUUAAGCUACUAGACCGUAAAAUAAAGCAAGCAUCGCUGACUGAGGCACAAAUCUCAGAUAUGGAGACUAACGUGAUGUUGUUCGUGUAUAAAAAACUAGCCGAAUACAAAAACUAGGCUUCAUUUAAAUAUGCAUAAAUUUCCUCUGAGUUGGUGUUGCCAUAGUUAGUUAAAUAAAAUAUAUGUAUGAAUACAUAUGCGUUUAAUAAUAUGGAGAUGUAUUUCUAAAUUUAAAAUUUUGGAGAUUUCAUCAUGCAACUGAAAAGCUUGAUAAGGAGAAUAGCAAAAUAAAAUAUCGAAGAUAAGUGUCUUUCCAUCUGCCUUUUGGUAUACCAACUAAAUGAAUUGAACAAACUUUGAUUGCGUUUUCCUACAAAAUUUUAAAUUUUGAAAUAAUUCUGUAUAUUACUAAUCAUGGGCUGAGUGCGUAUGUGCC